AUGGAAAUGGAGGAAUGCAUUGAGAAGGUACGGAAGAGUAUUAGUGCCAGGUCUUUUGUUGGAAAUGAACAAAUAACAGAUUGUACAGGGGCGGGUAUAGAAUCUGCCUUGCUUGAAUUUCUUGUUCGAACAGGAAUUUCAAAUGAUAAUUUAAUGAAUGUAUUAGGUUUAGGUACCGAUGUUGCCGCAGUUAUGACAGGCUGCCUGAAUGGUCUAGGUGCCAAGUUAAAAGCAAGAAAUAAUAAAUUGCUUCAGCUGUCAGUUGAAGCUGCUGUAAAAAUAAUAUUUUCAAACUAUGGGCCAGUGUACCAGUCUCUGGAAAGUGACAAAACUGCAGGGAAAGCAGAUGGUCUUCUUAAAUUUAUUGCCAAUGCUAAGUUCUUGUUGUUUACAGCCUUACUAAUUGAUGUUCUAACAGUCAUUGGCAUACUUAGUUUAACCUUCCAGAAGGACUUGGUAAAUAUUUCACAUAUAAGAGCAAGCAUUUCAGCAACUAAAGCUACAUUAGAAACAAUGAAAACAAGAUCUGAAACUGUUUCAAAGGUAUUAAGUGAAGUGGGUGAUAUUCCAGAGCCUGGCAAAAAAAACAAGUACCAGCAGUUAGAGGUAACUGAUAACCAGCAGACUAGAGAUGAGUUCAGUAAUCUGAGGCAGACAUACAUUGACACAUUAACUCUGAACUUAAAUAAUAGAUUUCCAGAAGACCAGUUACAAACUCUGGAAUGCUUUGAUAUAGUAUUAAACCCUAAAAGGUACCCAGACCAAGCAGGUGACCUGCCAAACUAUGGCAAUGAUCAGCUUUCUUCACUCUUAAGUUUUUAUGACACAUUAGUAAACAGUGAAAGAGCUAAGUCUCACUUUUUAAUGUUCAAGCAUUUUGUAAGGUCUCAAAAAGCUUUAACAUUUGAUAGCUUUAUCAAGUUAUUAAUAAAUGAGUAUGAAGAUGAAUUUCCAGACUUUGUGUUACUAGGAAAAAUAGCAAUGAUUAUUCCUGUGUCUUCAGCACCAUGUGAACGUGGAUUUUCCGUUCAAAAUGCCCUGAAAAAUAAAGUGCGCAACAGAUUGAAUGCAUCAAGACUUAACAGACUUAUGUUCAUAAAGCUGAUAGGACCACCUAUUGAACAUCUGGAUUUUUUGCCAGCAGCAAAGAUAUUUGCUGAAGGUGCACAAGGCAGACUCUAA